AUGAAAACUAUAAGUUGGAACUCUCGUGGGCUUGGGAACCCACGAGGAGUUAGAGCUCUCUGCGACUUGGUCAGGAGAGAAGUUCCUGCUGUUUUAUUUUUAAUGGAAACAAAAUUGACUAGUAGACAGAUGGAAAGAAUUCGUGUGAGAGUUGGGUUUGAAUGUUGUUUUGUAGUGAAUAGUGAUGGAAGGAAAGGUGGUGUGGCAUUAUUAUGGAGGAAUGAAAUAAAGUUAUCUAUAAAAAGUUUCUCUUUGUUUCACAUUGAUGCAAAAAUUAGUGGGACUGAUGGAGGAAUGGAGUGGAAAUUCACUGGUUUGUAUGGACAUCUAGAAAUUGAAAAAAGAGAGGAAACAUGGAGCUUACUUAGAGCACUGAGGGAAGAAGGAAAUAUACCAUGGUUGGUAUGUGGAGAUUUUAAUGAAGUACUUAGUCAACAAGAAAAGAUGGGAGGCAGGCCACGACCAGAAAUGUUAAUGCAAGCUUUUAGAAGUGUACUUGAUGAUUGCAAUUUGAUUGAUUUGGGGUUUAAGGGCCAAAAGUAUACAUGGUGUAACAGAAGAUAUGAGGAUGGGGUGGUUAGUGAAAGACUGGACAGGUUUGUUGCUACUCCCAACUGGAAAGCAUGUUUUCCCCUUUCUCGAGUUGUGCAUGGUGUUGCUGCAUCUUCUGAUCAUUUGCCUAUCAUUCUUGUACCAAGCUCUGCUGAUAAUGAAUAUAGGCAUAAGCUAUUUAGACUUGAGGCAAUGUGGGUGGAGGAUGAUGAAUGUGGUGAUGUUAUUUCACGAUGUUGGCAAGGAACUCAUGAAAAUAGGCCUAUUGGUUCUAUAAUUGACAGACUAAGCAUAUGCAGUAAGGGGCUGGAGGCAUGGAACAGACAGAAGUUUGGGCAUGUGAAAUAG